GAGCGCGUAUACUCUUAUAGCAUAAAUCAUAAUUCAUAAUCACAGAUAUAUAUUAUAGUUAUAAUAUUAUAAUACCGUAUAUGGAUAAUCGAACAUUCGCACAAGUGGAAAAUGGAUGACGAAUGCCUGAAAAAAGACUACGGCAAUUCGCAAAGACGUCUGACCAUUACAUAUCGGAUGAUAACAGUUACAAUCACAGUAGAUGAUAACGAUCGUCGGCGCGCCGUCGACUACGGUGCUGAUUGUUGAUACUUGAUAGAGUACGCGUUCCUACACACGUGCGCUGGAUCGUCGUCGGAUUUCUCUAUAUAUUUGCUUGUUUGAGUCCAUCACUCAAAGAAUCACAGGAAGUGUUCAGAUCAGCAAGGUCUAUUCACAGUCAGAACGCUGUUUUAAACGCAUCGCCGUCCUGAGCGAUGUCGUCCAGUAAAAUAUUCUUGCAGAACCGAGCUCUCGGAUAUGUGAGUAAUGAGAUUCCACUCGUUACCCGUUACAUAAACCUCAGAAGAGAAAAUCUCAUAAUAACAUGUGUCGGACGUGCCUUUCACACUUACAGUUCUGAUAGGUUUCAGCUUUUAUCUGUAAGCCCGCAACAUGAGACGGACAUCUCAUGUUUGGCUGCAGAUAGUUACCUGGUAUAUACCAGUUGUGGAAACCAAAUAUAUGCUUGGCGACGUGGUAUUGAACUAAAACAUACGUAUACAGGUCACAAAGCGGCAAUAAAAUUAUUGUUUCCGUUUGCGGCCAAUUUAGUGUCUAUUGAUGAAUCAGGAACUCUGAAAAUUUGGGAUGUAAAAACCGAAAGUAUAUACAAAGAAAUUCAGUUAGAUUUUACUGCAACAGCUAUAUGCCAUCCACCAACAUAUACUAAUAAAUUACUAAUUGGCUCAGCUGAAGGAAAACUACAGCUGUGGAAUAUAAAAACAGGAUCCAUGAUAUAUGAAUUUGAGGGUUGGAAUAGUAGUGUGACCAGCUUAGAGCCAGCUCCAGCUGAAGAUAUGAUGGCAAUAGGAUUGAGUAAUGGAAAAAUUAUUUUGCACAAUUUAAAGUUUGAUGUAUCCAACAUAACUUUUACUCAAGAUUGGGGCUCAGUUACACGUAUAAGUUUUCUUAUUAAACGACAACUUAUGAUAACUGGUAGCCCAAAGGGUACUGUAGUUGUUUGGAAUCUCGAAGAAGGAAAAGUUGACAGUUUAAUUAUUAAAGCGCAUCAUGGACCUAUUUGUGGUCUUCAAUGUUUACCAGAUGAACCGCUCCUCGUGACUUCAUCUUCUGACAAUUCUUUAAAAAUGUGGCGUUUUGACAUGUCUGAUGGUUCAGCCAGUCUGUUUAAAAUACGCGAAGGUCAUUUUAAACCUCCAGUUUCUAUUCGUUUUCAUGGAAUAGAUGGUGCUAGUAUUUUAAGUUCUGGCAAUGAUUCAUCAUUGCGUGUCUUUAACACAGUCACUGAAAUUGCAAACAAAAGUUUUGGACGUGCAUCAUAUAAUCGUAAAGCUUCCAAAAAAAAAGGAAAUAAAUGGGCUGAUCCUCUUAUCAUGCCUCCAAUAUCUACAUUCACAUCGGAAACCACUCGAGAUAAAGAAUGGGACAGCAUUGUUGCUGUACAUCGAGGUAUACCAACAGUAACUACUUGGUCGUUUGACAAAAGUAAAAUGGGAGAGCAUAAAUUGUGCCAUGAAAGAUUUAAGAAAAACGUCAGUGGGCAGAAAGGAAUCAGUGCCACAUGUGUUUGUCUUACACAUUGUGGUAAUUUUGCAGUCAUCGGUUACAGUUCUGGUCACAUUGAUAAGUACAACAUUCAGUCAGGAUUACACAGAGGAACCUAUGGACAGCCAACAGCUCAUAAAUAUGUUCGCGGUGUCUAUGUGGAUACACUUAAUCAAAUAAUGGUAUCUGGUGGUUCAGAUACAUUUUUACAAUUCUGGAAUUUCAAAAAAUUAAGUGAGUCAGAUUUGUUUUUGAAAUUAUUGUUUGUCAAUUAUUUUAUUAAAAAUGUAUUCAUUUUUUCAGAUUUAUUGUCUAAAUUGGAGUUGGAAGAUACAGUUUCAUUAUUCAGCUGGCAUACGGAAAGCUCAUUUCUAGCAGUUGCUUUAGAUAAUUUUGACAUUUGUCUAGUUGAUAUUGAUACACGCACCGUCGUAAGAAAGUUUACUGGUCAUCGAGGUCCAAUUACUGAUUUGACAUUUAGUCCAGAUUCCAGAUGGUUAGUUACAUCAGCAAUGGAUUCAACUAUUCGCACUUGGGACAUUCCGUCAUCAUCAAUGAUCGAUAUACUUAAAGUUGAUACACCCUGCGUUUCAUUGACAUUUGCACCAACUGGUAGCUAUUUGGCUACAGCGCAUGCUGACCGUUUGGGAAUAUAUUUAUGGUUUAAUAAAUCUCUGUACAAUCAUGUUAGCCUCCGACCCAUCACCGAAGAAGAUCAGAUCACAGAACCGCUUCCAUUGACUGGAAUUAAUCAAGAAUCUCUAGAAUGCCAUAUUGAUGAAGAUACAGAUGAAUACAUAUCAAAAGUACAAAUUGAAAACACUAUAACUAUGAGUGGUCUAAAUGAUGCUAGAUGGCAGAAUAUAUUGAAUUUAGACGCUGUCAAAAAAAGAAACAAACCACUACAACCACCAAAAGCUCCUGCUGCUGCUCCAUUUUUCCUACCUACUAUACAAUCUUUAGACUUCCGAUUCGAUCUAAAAGGAGUUGGUGUGAAAGAUUCCAAUACCAAAGUUAUUCCUGAAACACUAAUGCAAACUGUUUUUGCUCAACAACUUUUAAAAGCCACUUCUUUAAAUGAUUAUCAAGUUUUAUUCGACCAGUUAAAAUUAAUGGGACCAUCAGCUUUAAAUUAUGAAGUACGAAGCUUGUCGCCAGAAGCUGGUGGAACAUAUGAACUAAUGGUUAAAUUUUUAGAGCUUUUAAAACAAGUAUCUACAAGUAAUAAAGAUUUUGAAUUAACACAAUCUUAUUUGGGUGUAUUUUUAAAAUAUAAUGGACGUGCGUUGGCCCAACAACCAGAAGCGAUGGAUAUUAUUGAGCCAUUAUCAAAACAUAAUGCAUGGGAACAAUUGCAAAACAAUUUUUUGUUAUGUCUUAGUAUUGUAGAAUAUAUGAAAAAUAAUUAAUAAGCAUUUAUUUUAGUUUUUAUAUACUUGUAUAAUGUUUAUGCAUUAAAACAGUUUUAUGGAAAUACCUAGUUAAAAUACAACAUUUAACUGAACAUCAAUAUUACAAUAUAAUUUAUUUAUUGAUUUUCUUUACAUUAAAAAAAUAGCUCUCAUAUACAAUAUUAACAUUAUAAUAUCUAACUUGAUAGGUAUUUAUAAAAACAUUAUAUUAAUAUUUUCAUAUUAUGCAUGUUUUUUUUGAUUCCUAUAAUUAUAUAAGACAACAAGUUAAGCAUAAUAAAAAUAAUUAUGACUUCAUAAUUGAAAUGUCAACGAGAAAAAAGUUAAAAUGUACAUUUGGGCAACGCUUUAGAAGCAGUUCAAUGUAAUAAAUAUGAUAUAAUAUGAUGUCUACUAAUGAAUUGUGGUGGUACAAAUAUACAAUAU